UGCCCUGCACUGCUGUGGAGCCUCUGAGCCUGGAGACCAUGAAGGGGUUGAGGCGAUUCACGGGGGUGGAGAACCUUGCCUUGAGAAUGGAAGAGGUUUUUGAUGUCCAGCCGGUGUCCGGUGUGCUGCAGCCGGGCAAGAGCCAGCACGUGCUCUUCACCUUCUUUGGCCACCCCAACAUCAUCGCCCGUGUCACGGCGCUGUGCCACGUGGAGGGAGGCCCCACCUACGAGGUGGAGCUGAGUGGGGGGACUUCGGACCUCAGCUACCACCUGGACACCUACGACAUCGACUUUGGGCUGCAGCUGUUUAAUGAAGUCAUCCAAGCAGAAGUCACCCUGCAGAACACCGGGGUGUUUGGAUUCACCUACAAGGUGCUAGACCCCAGCACUGCCAGGGCAGACAGCCCUCUGCCUGGUGAGCCCGUGGUUGUGCCCAGCACGGAUUACAUUGAACCUGGCAAGAAGCAAGUGCUGAAAGUCUAUUACCUGCCAGGAGUAGUAGGAGUCUUCUGCAGCACUCUCCAGAUCCAAGUGGGUCACCUGGAACCAGCAGAAAUCUCCCUGAAAGGAGAGGGAACCUUUCUUAGGAUCUCUUUGGACCUGCCCUGGCUUGUCAAAGGGAAGCACACACCCAUCUCCACCAAGCCUGGAGGUUACAAGGCUGCCAGACCAACACUCGCCCCUCUGGUUGCUUCCUGA